UGUAAACAAAAGAGUGCUUCUUUAAAAACAUUUUUAAAAAAUUAAAAAAUGGAGCAGUUUAAGCAAUUAAAUUGGUCAUGGCACAAAUAUGAAGAAGACAAGAAAUAUUUGCCGAGAAAUUUUAACUUUGAGACAAUUAAUGACAAUGAUUCUUUAUCGCGUAAUUUAAAUGAAAUUCAUACGUGUGUUAUACCUAAACAAAGUGAAUAUCGAAUAUUAAAGACACCUGAAGAGAUUGCAGCAAAUUACUGUGAAAUAUCUAGUUCUGAAUUUGUUGAGUUAAAAGAUCCAAGAGUUAACAAAUUCUCCAAAAUAGAAACAUCCAAUGCAAUGAUUAGAGAAUACAGCUAUCCAUCUGAAUUAAAAAAGCAUGAACAAAUUGAAAUUUUAAGUCUCUUAUUGAAUGACACAAUUUAUAAUCCAAAAUACCUUCAAAAUUCACUGCCAUUGGUGAAAUGUAAUAAUCCACUUUCAAAAGAACUGGAUGAAAAGUGGCAAAAGGAAGCUAGUAAAUUUGCUAGAUGUGCGGAAAUCUAUUAUCAUCGGCAUAUUACACAAUUCAAUAAUCUUGUAUGUGAUACAUUCAAAGAGAUACUUAUCGAUAAGUGGAAAAGAAUCGUGGUUCAAUUUCCAUAUUUAAAGUAUCAAGCAAUUACUAUGAUUGUCAGAAAUUCGUUUAUAAAGCCAGCAUUUAGUAUUUCCAUUGAUCAUAUUGAAGAUCAAAAAGACAACUUCCGGUAUGAUUUAUAUAAAUUACCAGAUGAGCUUUUUCCUAAUUUACAAGACGUUUCUGCGGAAAGCAUUCAAUUAUUUUCACAGUUUAAACAUUUAUUCUAUGUGGAUAGCAAAAUUAGUGCAAGAGCAAAUAUACAGAUCUCAUUAGACGUCCUUACAAAACUCUUUGUUGAUGGCACCGAAUUUAAUACAAUUUUUACUAACGAAAGAAGUGUCACAAAAUUUAAUCUGAACGAAACAGUACCUUUAAAGACAAUAGCACAAAAUGAUGCCCUAGAAGAAGCAAUUAAGCUUAUAAUGAAUUUUAAUAUUGAAUGGCAUAACGCAAGCAAAACUGUGACUACAAGUGAAAGCACGAAAAUCGAUUUCAAGCCAAAUAAAAUGAAUGAAAUUAUGUCAAAGAUAUUUCAGAGCUACAAAAAGCAUGCUGGAGCUAAUAAUGAGAUUAGUUUAUGGAGACUAGAAAAAAAUUCACAAAAAUUAUUGAUUUCUAUAAGCAACGAUUCUUAUUAUAUAAAUGAAGAGACAAGAGUGAUUAUAUCUAUUAAAUUUGAGUACCAAACGUAUUUUGGAGCUGAAAAAAUGUCUAGAGAAGAACUUUUGAAUGAAUGGAUCCAAAUCAAAUUUAGUCCACCAAUUACAAUUGUGAUGCGUUACAGAAUAGAUGUCAGAUCAAUGGAGAUACUUUCGGUUAUUAAAUUAAAAAUUGAGGAUAUAGAGAAUGAAUUGAAAAAUAAUUACAGUUAUGAUCCUUUAGAUUCAAUGGAUAUUCUAUUCAAUCUAUUUAAUUGCAUACAUAAUUUACCUGAAAGCAGAUACAUUAUCCAAGGCCAACGAAAUGACAAGGAAUGUAAUAAAUUAGUAGUAUACAAAGAAGUAGCUGAAAAUGGGAAAUUUAUAACUAAUGACGAUGACUUUAAAAUACUAGAAAGCUUUUCAAGGAAAUGGUUUCCAAUUGAUAAAAUCGUUACAUUUCUACACCUUAAUGAGGAUCUUGCGCCAUGCUGCUUCUCUCACAAGUCAUCAAAGAAGAUUUCUUAUACUACAACAAUAAACAAAAAGACUACAUUUCCAAAGAAAGAAGCUAUCAAACACAAAUCGCUUAAAAAAGCGAAAAUUCUAAAAAAACGCACAAAAAGGAAGAAGAAUAAAAUAGCUCAGAAAGCUUGAGACGUUUAUUGAUUUCAUCAUCAACGGCUCUAUUAGAUUGUAGAAUUUAAAAAUUUCUAGCCAUGCUGUUGAAAAAGCAAUAACCGUUGUAGGAAAUUCAAAAAUAGUGAAAUAAAAGUCCCCCUUACAUUUGUGUAAAGA